AUGGGGGCUUUACCCAACAGCCGGAAGCGAGGGGAUGAUUAUUACAACUCUCUGGUUUCGCCAUCAGCCCCAAUCGAGCAAUCGUACUUUCGCACUGCCAAAAAGCUCAAGCAUUCGCCUAUUCCGGCACAACGCACGCAGGGAAACAGUUGUUCCCAACCACCGAACUCGAUGGCCUCGAGAAUUGCCAAGUAUCCGGAUAGAAAACCGGGUUUUUUACGAGAGGUUCAUGCUCCAGUAAGGAAAUUGAGAUUUGGAUUCUUUUCUUUGGGUAAGAAAAGUGAAACUGCAGGUAGCUUUAAUGAUAGUCCGGAAAUGGGGAUAUCCGGUUCAGUUUAUCGGAGGUGUGCAGAAGCUGGGAGGACGGUCAUAAAUAGAAGCUUGAAAUAUGUGAAUGCGUGGAAGGAGACCAAAAAGGAGGUGAUUGUGGUCGAUAGUGAGGAUGAAGACAGAGAUGAUGUCAUUGAUGAUGUAGAGUUGAAGAUUGUGGAUUCUGUAGGCAGUAAGAGGAAGACGAGGCAAAAGGAUGUGGAAAACUCGCAGAAACCAAAUUUGAAGAUGGUUGAAAAUGAAGUGAGGUCUUUAGAUUCGUCCGUUAUUACAGAUGCAAGUAAUGCUGUUAUGGGAGUGGAAGAUGGGGAUAAAGUUGAUUAUAUGCAACUGGGCCGGGGAUCAGAUGAUUCUGGAUUGCCUUGGUAUAAAAGGUUGCUAGAUGGGUUAAGGAAAAAAUUUGAUGGUAAGUUGGGAAGCUUAAAGUCCGAGAUAGAUAUGCACGAGCAGCGCAGGCGGUGGGAUCAGUUACUGUGGCCUCAAAAGAAAGAAGAGCAAAUUAAGAAGGAUGUGGCAAAAGAAUGUUUUGUGCCCCUUACAGAGAAGGAAGAGAGUGACGUUUCUUAUGCCUUGUCAAAUUCGAAUAGGAGGAAAAUUUUGGUGACCCAUCAAAAUUCAAAUAUUGAUAUAACUGGAGAGAAAUUGCAGUGUUUGAAGCCAAGAGCGUGGCUUAAUGAUGAGGUCAUUAAUUUGUACCUUGAAUUACUUAAAGAAAGAGAAAAAAGGGAGCCAGAGAAGUUUUUGAAGUGUCAUUUUUUCAACACUUUUUUUUACAAGAAGUUGAUCAGUGGUGGGGGUGGCUACAAUUUCCAAUCAGUUAGAAGAUGGACUACACAAAGAAAGCUUGGAUAUAAUCUUUUGCAGUGUGACAAGAUUUUUGUGCCCAUUCACCAAGAAGUUCAUUGGUGUCUAGCGAUCAUCAACAAGAAGGAUAAGAAGUUUCAGUAUCUUGAUUCACUCAGAGGGGUCGAUUCUCAAGUUUUGAAUGUGCUGGCCAGAUAUUUUGUUGCUGAGGUGAAGGAAAAGUGUGGAAAAGACAUUGAUGUUAGUUCCUGGGAGAAUGAAUAUGUCACAGAUCUUCCUGAGCAGGCAAACGGGUUUGACUGUGGCAUGUUUAUGAUCAAAUAUGCCGAUUUCUAUAGCAGAGACAUUGGAUUAUGUUUUAGCCAGGAGCAUAUGCCGUAUUUUAGGCGCAGGACAGCAAAGGAGAUUCUGAACUUAAGAGCCGAGUGA